GGUCCAUCAUGUUUAGGAAGUGACUGCAAGGAGGAAGAUUUCUCGGGCGUUGAGAAAACACAGGGAACAAAACAAGCAAGCUGCAGCUUUCAUCAGUGCCGAGGCAGAAAGUUCUGGCCUGGCCUUCCUCUUGACCUCACCCAGGUAACUUAGUAAGCCCUGAAGGGGGGACUUGUCCAGUGUCAGAAACCCUUAAAAAGCGGCCACCAUGAAGUCCUAUCAGAAGCUGAGCACGGAUGUCUCUCGGAUCAGCGAGGCGGAGGAGGAAGGUGCCGAUGGAAAACCAUUGUGCCAUCAGAAGUUGUCAGCUUGGUGGCUAGGUGGGGGCCUCUUGACGGUAGCCGCCCUCCUGAGUGGGGUGACCGUUUGGGUUCUCGGCCAGAUUUGGUGGGAUCAGCACGGGAUUUCCUACUGGUCCAAAUGCACCUCCGUGCCAGAGAACCGUCGUUUUGACUGUUACCCAGAGAAAAAUGUGGUUGUAACGCGAGAACUUUGUGAGAGCCGGGGGUGCUGUUUUGCGGACGGCGAGAUGCCCCUCGAUAGAAUCAACGGGGUUCCCUGGUGCUUUUAUCCCCCUGAUUUCCCCAGCUACACCUUGGGGAGCACGAAUGAGACCGACCUGGGGCUGGUGGGUUUUCUAACCAGAGAAACAAAGACUUAUUAUCCGAAAGAUCUUGAGAAGCUGCAGCUCAGGGUGGAGUUUGAAACAGAUUCUCGGUUGCACGUCAAGAUCACCGAUGCCACCGAUCCCCGGUACGAGGUGCCUCUUGACGUUCCCCAAGCUACCAAGAGGGCCGAGAACCCUCUCUAUUCCGUUGAGUUCUGCAAGGAGCCUUUUGGCCUGAUCGUGAAGCGAAGACUCUCAGGGACAGUUCUGUUGAACACAACAGUGGCUCCCUUGUUUUUCGCGGAUCAGUUUCUCCAGAUUUCCACCGUUCUGCCUUCUACGUUUCUUUACGGGUUGGGGGAACAUCAGAGCAACUUCCUACAUAACCUGGAGUGGAACACGCUGCCUCUCUGGGCCCGAGACGUCCCUCCUAUGGAGUCCUACAAUCUCUACGGCGUCCACCCGUUCUAUCUUCUCAUGGAGAAAGGCGGAGCUGCCCACGGGGUUUUCCUCCUGAAUAGCAACUUGAUGGAGGUAGCCCUUCAGCCUGCUCCUGCCCUAACAUGGAGGACCACCGGGGGAAUUUUAGAUUUUUACAUCUUUUUAGGACCGGAUCCCAACUUGGUGGUCCAGCAAUACCAGCAAGUGAUCGGGUUUCCGGCCAUGCCCCCCUUUUGGGGACUGGGGUUCCAUCUCUGCCGUUGGGGGUACGGGACCAGCAACAAGACGUGGGAGACAGUCAAGGCGAUGCGGAAUUUUCAGAUCCCUCAGGAUGUUCAGUGGAAUGACAUCGAUUAUAUGAACGGCUCUCGAGACUUCGCUGUGGACUCUGAGAAAUUUGCCAGCCUCCCCCAAAUGGUGGAAGAUCUUCAUAAGCACGGACAAUACUACGUGCUCAUUCUGGAUCCCGGAAUCAGUAGCGUUCAGCCUCCGGGCUCUUACUGGCCUUACGACGAAGGCCUGAAGCGUGGCGUGUUCAUCAACAACACCGAAGGGAAACCUCUGAUUGGAAUGGUCUGGCCCGGCUUCACUGCUUUUCCUGACUUUUCCAACCCAACCACUCACGAAUGGUGGCUAGAAAAUCUGAAACAUCUCCAUGCUCAAGUUCCUUUCGACGGCCUUUGGCUCGACAUGAAUGAACCAUCCAACUUUAUUGAUGGCUCAACGGAAGGGUGCUCCAAAGGAGAUCUAGACAACCCACCUUACAUGCCUGGGAUCCUGGGAGGUUCUCUUUCGGCAAGGACUAUUUGCGCUUCGGCCAAGCAGAGUCUCUCCGUGCAUUACAAUCUCCACAACCUCUAUGGGCUGAUGGAAGCCAAGGCCACCUCAAGGGCUCUGGUUGAAAUCCGAGGGAAGAGACCCUUCAUUAUUUCACGUUCCACUUUCCCAAGCCAGGGCAAGUAUUCCGGACACUGGCUGGGAGACAACCAGAGCAAAUGGAAGGAUAUGUUUUGGUCCAUUCCAGGCCUGCUGAGUUUCAGUCUCUUCGGAGUCCCGUUGGUCGGGGCCGACAUCUGCGGCUUUUCCAGCUCCACCUCGGAAGAGCUCUGCAUUCGCUGGAUGCAGCUGGGAGCCUUCUAUCCCUUUUCACGCAAUCACAACACUCAGUUUGAGAAGGCUCAAGAUCCCACGGCCUUUAGCCCAGCAGCCCGGACGGCCAUGAAGGCAGCUCUAGAACUCCGUUACACCCUGUUGCCCCUGCUGUAUUCUCUCUUCCAUCGGGCUCAUCUGCAAGGGGACACGGUCGCCCGCCCCCUGUUUUUUGAGUUCCCAAAGGAUGAGGCCACCUACGCAGUAGAGAAGCAGUUUCUUUGGGGCCGAGUCCUGCUGGUGACGCCCGUUCUGGAACCUGGCGCAGAUUCAGUGAUCGGUUACUUCCCCAAAGGCGUUUGGUACGAUUACUACACGGGUUCUUCGGUGAACAGCAGCGGGGAGAGCUUGAAAAUGGCGGCCCCUCUGGAUCACAUCAACGUCCAUCUGCGAGAGGGCACCAUCCUGCCGACUCAGAAACCCGGAGGCACCACUUGGCUAACACGCCGGAACCCUCUGACCCUGGUCGCAGCCUUAUCCCAGACCUCCACUGCCUGGGGAGACCUGUUCUGGGACGAUGGUGACAGCCUGGACACCUUUGAAAAGGGCGACUAUUCCUACUUGGUGUUCAAUGUCACACAGAACACCUUCAUCUCCACCGUCCUGCAUUCCAAUACCGAAGCCACCUACAUCACAGUGGAUAAACUCAGUGUCUACGGAGUCCGGGAAGAGCCGAAAACGGUCACCGUCAGUGGCAAAAACUGGCCAUUCACUUAUUUAGCCAAUCAGGUUCUCUACGUGAACAACCUGCAGCUUCCCCUCAGCCAGGGCUUCUCCGUUCGGUGGAUGUGAGUGAGACCAGGAGAAUUUCCUCUGCACCGGUUGCAUGACGAACCUACUGCCACGAGGAGACAAGCCUGUGGGGAACCUCGGCGUGGGAUCCGCACGUACCUCUGUGGCUGUGCCUCCCCAGCUGAGCCGCGCCGUGGCCUCCUCGCAUCUUCUCGGGAAAAGGCCCUCCUGCUUGGCCAAUGGCCUCCUUCUGCUUCUUGGAAAAGGCCUUUCUCUUCUACAGCUUCUGCUCCAUGCUUUCCGGCACACAGACCUCUCAUCGUCUUCCGUGUUUCGCUCCGUCGCAUGUUGCCAAACGUGUCCCACUCCGCGAGUGGCGCUUUGCAGCUUUCCUGGAAAAGGAGAACUUCGAGUCAAAGACACUAGAAUUGAGUUUUCCUGAUGAGUUCACUGGCAUUUGGGUCAGCAGCCUGGAGUUUCCGGAGAUUCCCUCUCCACCGUUGUGUGAACUUGGGCAGUGGGCACACCGAACAUUCUCAGUUCUCUGCAGUUUAAUUAAGAAAGUCCAAUGGCCUCUUGAAAAAAGCACUUUGGGAGAAGAAGGAAAGGAAAG